AUGGCUAUCCCAGUGUUUCUUUUCUUUUUCACAGUUUACUUGAGUAUUAUUAUUGGAAAUGUUGCAGUAGUUCGUGUGAUAAUUGUCAAUCGAUAUUUACACCAGCCAAUGUAUGUAUUUCUAUGUAACAUGUCUGUCUGUGAUUUAUUUGGAAGUACUGCUUUGUUGCCUAGACUAAUGGCGGAUUUAUUCGCCGAGGAGAAGUCCAUCUCCUUUGGACUUUGCGUUAUACAAGCGUUUUGCAUUCAUUUCUAUGGCACAGCUUCCCAAUUAAUAUUGAUCGUGAUGGCAUAUGACAGGUACAUUGCUAUCUGUGACCCACUGCGGUACAGCUCGAUACUAACAGGGACAGCCCUGGUCAAACUGUGCUGCUUUGCGUGGGGAGGUGCUUUUAUUGUAGUUGCCGUUAUGCUCGGACUAACAGCGAGGCUUCCGAUGUGCGGGACAAAAAUAUUGAUAGUAUUUUGUAACAAUUCUUCCCUCUUUUCAUUGUCCUGUAUAGACACAUCUUUGAAUAACAUUUACUCAUUGGCUGCAACUUAUUUCCUUAGUAUCUUUUUGUUCUUGACAAUCAUUUGGACAUACGGUAAAAUUCUCCAUUGCUGCUUAAAUAAAAGUGACAACCGCAGCAAACGGAAAGCCAUUCACACCUGUACUUCACAUUUAACUGUAUAUGUUAUUUUCGAAGUAAUUGUAUUAUUUACCAUAAUUGGACAAAGGUAUCCAUCUGCAAAUAAAAACGUCCGAAACGCAAUAGCUAUAUUGACAAUGAUAAUACCGCCAGUAUUUAAUCCUUUAAUUUAUGGAAUUAAUACCAAAGAAAUCCGACAAAAAUUAUUUCGCAUUGAUCCACAUAGCAUAUUGAAAUAG